UGAAAGUCUUAACGAAGGAGUAGUCCUUUUUUUAGAACAAAUAUUCGGAGAAUGGAGAAACGUCUUAAACAUUCCGUUGCCGCGGAAGAAGAAGCCGCUUACGUUAAUUGGAUAAACAAGUUAUUAGGGUCCGACAGCGAUCUAAAAUUUUUAAUGCCUGUGCAAACUGGAAAGUUCUUCCCAAAACUCAAAGAUGGAUUAUUGCUUUGUAAACUUGUGAACACUGUUCAAGCAAACACUAUUGACGAAAGAACUCUGAAUAAACGAGCCGAUGGAAAAGAAUUGAAUAUCUACAAGAAGCAGGAAAAUUUGAAUUUGGCGGUAAAUUCCGCGAAAUCUAUUGGAGUUAAUACUACCAACAUUCAUGCGGAAGAUUUUUUAAAUGAGCGGCCUCAUCUUAUUUUGAGCUUUUUGAGGCAACUCAUAAUACUGGGGCUGUUCGCUAGGUUAGAUCUUAAAUCUCAUCCAGGAUUACAAAUACUAUUGAAACCUAACGAAUCGCUAUCUGAUUUUCUGAAAAUGUCCCCUGAGAAAAUUCUGAUGAGAUGGGUCAACUAUCAAUUAGGAUUGGCCAAAUGUAAGAGAAAAAUGAAGAACUUUACGAAAGACGUUCAAGACUGCGAAAUAUUUUCCACUCUAAUCAAUCAAAUCGCUCCGCGAGAAGCGAAAGUAACAAUGGACGCUAUGCUAGAACCAAACCUAACUAAGCGAGCUGAUAUCAUGUUGGAUCAAGCUGAUAAAUUGGGUUGCCGAGAUUUCAUAACAUCCAGGGAUGUUAGCACAGGAAACUACAAACUAUGUUUAGCAUUCGUAGCAAACUUAUUUAACAAUCAUCCGGGAUUGCCGAUAGAUGGUUUAGAGCCACCUGAGGAAAAAAUUGAAGAGACAAGGGAAGAAAAAACUUUCAGGAAUUGGAUAAAUUCACUGGGCGUUCAACCGAGAGUUAAAUAUUUGUAUCCUGAUUUGCAGGAUGGAAUAGUGUUGUGCGGAUUGCUAGAUAAGAUGCAGCCCAAAAGUGUUGACUGGACCAAAGUGCGUAAAACGUUUAAAAAAACUACCGGCUCGAUAGAAAAAAAGGACAACUGUGGACAAGUUGUAGAAAUGGCUACCAAAAACUUCGGCAUUUCAUUGGUUGGAAUAGGGGGAGCCGAUAUUUACGAAAUGAAAAAGAACGCUAUUUUGUCUAUGCUCUAUCAAUUAUUACAUAAACAAACAACGACUAUAUUGCUCAAGCUUAAACCAGGUGGGAAGAUCCAGGAUAAGGACAUUAUUCAAUGGGCAACCGCCAAAUUGAAAGAAAAUGAUAAGAAAAGAAUUUUCAAGAGUUUCCAAGACCCGAUUUUGUCUGAUGGAAUCUCUAUAUUAGAAUUACUCGAGUGCAUCAAACCGGGGCGAGUAAUUUGGGGAUUGGUCAAGGGUGUCACCGAAGAUGGCACCCCGGACCGUAGCAUCAACGAUGAAGAUCGUCUCUCUAAUAUUGGCUAUGCUAUUUCGUUGUCACGAAAAUUGGGGGCGGUAAUCAUUGCAUUACCUGAGGACGUUUUGGAGUUGAAACCGAAAAUGAUGAUGACAAUAUUCGCUUCUCUCAUGACCCUGGAUACGAUAGCUAGUGAAAAUCCCGUAAAUGAGGAUGAGGAUACUGAUACAAGAACUUCAAAGCGAAAAAGUACUAAAAGAGUGUCUGCAAUUAAAAAGAGCCCAGAUGCCGAAGAGGAGGAAGAGGAAGAGGUUGAAGUUGAAUUAGAUGACGAAGAGGAGGAAGAAGAAUGAUUGUUUAUAAAUUUCAAAUUAU